AAAAAUUUUCCUUUUACUUGAAUUAGAACUUGCAUAAAUACGUUGACCUCGAGGUGAAGAGAAAUAUCAGAACAUUCUUUUAACUUGAUUGAUUCUAAACUUCUCUAGCUAUACCUCUUAAAGCAGGCAACUCAUCAGUGUAAAGGCUCGAGCUUGAGAAACAAUGGCUGCUUUCCCCAACCUUAACUCUGAUGCUGGAUUGAAGAAGCUCGACGAGCAUCUUCUCACUCGCAGUUACAUCAGUGGACACCAGGCUUCAAAGGAUGAUAUCAUUGUCUUUGUGACUCUUGCAAAGCCCCCAACUUCACAGUAUGUGAACGCAUCUCGUUGGUACAACCACAUUGUUGCACUCUUGAGGAUCACCGGUCUCUCUGCUGAAGGAAGUGGUGUCACUGUUGAGGGAUCAGCCCCAAUCACAGAAGAGGCCGUUUCUACUCCCGUUGCAGCUGAUUCUAAGGAUGCUGCUGAUAAAGAAGAAGAUGAUGAUGUUGAACUUUUCGCGGAAGUGACCGAAGAGGAGAAGAAAGCUGCUGAAGAGAGAGCAGCUUCCGUGAAGGCAUCUACAAAGAAGAAAGAAUCUGGAAAGUCAUCAGUUUUGAUUGAUAUCAAGCCAUGGGAUGAUGAGACCGACAUGAAGAAGCUAGAGGAAGCUGUGAGAUCAAUUCAGAUGGAAGGAUUGUUCUGGGGAGCAUCAAAGCUUGUACCCGUUGGUUAUGGUAUCAAGAAGUUGCAGAUCAUGUGCACCAUUGUUGAUGACCUUGUUUCCAUUGACACCAUGAUCGAAGAGCAGCUCACUGUUGAGCCUAUCAAUGAAUACGUCCAGAGCUGUGACAUUGUUGCUUUCAACAAGAUUUGUAAGAGUUUGGUGAAAGCUUCAAGGAAGGUCUCUAUGUUUAUGCAGUCUGGUUUUUCUUCUCAUAUUUUGAGUUUCAGACUUGAAAAGGUUCAAGCUUCAGAAAUAAUGGCGGCUUUCCCCAACCUUAACUCUGAUGGUGGAUUGAAGAAGCUCGACGAGCAUCUUCUCACUCGCAGUUACAUCACUGGGUACCAGGCUUCAAAGGAUGAUCUCACCGUUUUUGCUGCUCUUUCAAAGGCCCCAGCAUCACAGUAUGUGAACGCAUCUCGUUGGUAUAAUCACAUCGAUGCCCUCUUGAGGAUCUCCGGUGUGUCUGCUGAAGGAAGUGGUGUCAUUGUUGAGGGAUCAGCUCCAAUCACAGAAGAGGCUGUUGCUACUCCCCCUGCAGCUGAUUCUAAGGAUGCUGCUGAUGAAGAAGAUGAUGAUGAUGUUGACCUUUUCGGAGAAGAGACCGAAGAGGAGAAGAAAGCUGCUGAAGAGAGAGCAGCUUCCGUGAAGGCAUCGACAAAGAAGAAGGAAUCUGGAAAGUCAUCAGUCUUGAUUGAUAUCAAGCCGUGGGAUGAUGAGACCGACAUGAAGAAGCUAGAGGAAUGUGUGAGAUCCAUCCAGCAGGAAGGAUUAUUCUGGGGAGCAUCAAAGCUUGUACCCGUUGGGUACGGUAUCAAGAAGUUGCAGAUCAUGUGCACCAUUGUUGAUGACCUUGUGUCUAUUGACACCAUGAUCGAAGAGCAGCUCACUGUUGAGCCUAUCAAUGAGUACGUUCAGAGCUGUGACAUUGUUGCCUUCAACAAGAUUUGUAAGAGUUUGGUGAAAGCUUCAAGGAAGGUCUCCUGUGUUUAUGCAGUCUGGUUCUUCUUUAUAAAGUUUUCCAUGUUUUAUUGUGUUUCCAUAUUUCUAUAA